AAACUGACUUGCUUGCGGUCUCUAUUCCUAAAAAACAAUACUUUCAAGCAAAGUGAAUUAUUAUAAUUUUUCUUUGUAAUGUAAAUAAGUCAAUGCUUGAUUUUCGUUGUUGAAGAAUGUAAAGUGACAAGCCUAUUGCGAACUAAAUAAAUAGGGCCAGGAAAUGGUUUGACAGCUACGAUUUCCGUUUGGGAAUUCUCGUGUCUUGUGGACAAUAGAAAAAUGAAAUAGCCAACUUCUUAAUGAUUUAUUUUUGUAAGCCUUUUUUUCUAUACUCCGUUUGGAUGGGUUGCGACUGUUAGGUACAGACUUCGAAAAAGUAAACACAAAAAAAAAAAAUCGAUUUGAAGGGAUAAUUAAUUGAUAUACUUUUAUUUUCCUUUUUUUAAAGGAUUGAAAUACAGAAAAAAAAAUGGCUUAGAGGUUUGUGAGUAUGGCAUUGUUUUGGAUCUUGUGUAAAGCGUUUGUUUUCCUAGUAUACCAACAUCGUAACAGCUAUUGGGAAACAAGCGAAAAUGAAAUACAGUUAUGGAACAGCAGGCUUCCGCACUGAGGCUUCCUUACUUGAUGCUGCAAUUAUUGGAUCUACAGCUACUGCUGCACUUCGUAGCUUGGAAUUAAAAGGAAAAACAACAGGAGUUAUCAUUACAGCCUCUCAUAAUCCCGUCAGCGAUAAUGGUGUCAAAGUCAUCGACGCGGACGGAGGAAUGUUGUCCGUGAAUUGGGAAGAGAAAUGUACAAAUUUAGCAAAUGCAGAAUCUAAAAGCGAACUGGAACUUUUGAUCAAAGAAUACAUUGCUCCUUCUACGUUUCAAGCAAGUGUUGUAAUCGGCAUGGAUACCAGACCUUCUUCUCCUCGUCUAUCGGAGCUUGCCAAAGUCAUCCUCGAUGAAAUGUCCGCUUGUUAUAAAGACUAUGGGUUUAUAACUACUCCCCAACUCCAUUGGAUUGUCAAAUUGAUUAACGAAAAUUCAAGCUACUCAAUUCCUUCCAAUCCGCCUCCUCUAGUUUUAUAUUAUGACUCACUUUGCAAUGCGUAUUGCAAUGUAUUUUCAGCUUCUACGAUUCUUCAUCGUCCGAUCCUCACUGUCGAUUGUGCAAACGGCGUCGGUUCUUUACCACUUGAAGAGCUGUCGAAGCGAUUGAAGGACUAUAUUGACAUUCGCCUCAUUAACAAUGAUUCCUGCAAUUACAAGUAUCUGAACAAUGGCUGUGGUGCAGACCAUGUGAAAACAACUCAGUCACCACCAGUGAAUUUAGUGGAUAAAAUGAUUCCUAAUCAACUAUACGCUUCUGUUGAUGGCGAUGCUGAUCGCAUCGUCUUUUACUUCACUGACAAAGAAAAGAAGUUCCACUUGCUAGAUGGUGACAGAAUAAGUAUUCUUUUGGUUUCUUUCCUGAAAAUUCUCGUACAAAAAUCCAGAUUGCCCCUUUCCAUUGGAGUAAUCCAAACGGCAUACGCUAAUGGUUCGUCCACUGUUUAUCUUAACGAUCUAGGAGUUCAAAUCAUUUGUACGAAAACAGGUGUCAAGCACCUUCAUCAUGAAGCUCAGGCUUUCGAUAUUGGAGUCUACUUUGAAGCUAAUGGACAUGGCACUGUACUCUUUAGUCAAGAUUGUGUGAAAAAGUUAUGGAAUCCUCCUACUGGAAUAUCAGAUACCGAAACCAAUGCAAUCGUUGUGCUCUUACAACUUUCUCAGUUGAUCAACCAAGCGAUUGGUGACGCACUUAGCGACAUGUUAGCUGUACUCAGUGUUUUAGGCAGCUUAUAUUGUGAUGCCAAAGGCUGGUUGAGUAUGUAUAAUGAUUUGCCCAAUAAACUAGUAAAGGUGAAAGUUGCGGAUCGCUCAAUUUUUAUUACUACCGACGCUGAGCGUCGUUUAAUUAAACCUGUCGGUCUACAGGAAAAAAUUGAUGAUCUUGUUUCUAAAUACGAAAAAGGCAGAUGUUUCGUCCGCGCAUCUGGUACAGAAGAUGCAGUACGUGUCUACGCUGAAGCUAGUACCAAAAAGGGCGCAGAGGAAUUAAGUGCUAAAGUUUGCAGUUUGCUGAAAUAGGCCGGCAAAUUAAACGAUCCUUUCACGUUCUUUCUUAUUAUUCUUCAUUUCAAAAGGCUUAGCUCUGUUUACUAUUCAGACUAUGAAGAGCUAUUCUACCUAUCAUUCAUUAUUUACUAUUUUAAUUCUUACUAAAACUUUGACUUCAAAUACUGACUGCAUUUUGUAAAAUAAUAUAUCUAAUUAUAUUAUCAAUAUAUGUAAGAACUCCUGACAAAACAGUAAUCGUAUAAAUUAAACUAAAUCUAG